UUAAUCAAACACCUAGAAAAUUAAAAUCAGUGUAUAUUUGGGGGAAACACGUGCACAUAUAUAAGAACCAUAUAGCAGAAAGUAUUCAUCUUAAAUUCUGAAUCUAUCUCUUUACACAGCCCCUGCAUAUGGCCUUUUAUCAAUCCACUUUUAGAGGUCUGAUCUUUGAGGUCUGUGUUGGUAAUUAAGUUAUGAGUAGUCAGAGGCAUCACAGUUUUAGGAACCAGUCUCCAGUUGGUGAUUUGAGGUUGAGUAGUCGUCGCGGUGAGUUUGGAAAUGAUGCGUUUAUCAAGAGGAGUUUGAGUCCUGUUUCGAGGAGGGGUAGUGAUGGAAUUGAGAGGAGGGAUUAUGGUUGGGAUUUACGGGGUUGUGGAGGGUUGAGUUCUAGGUCACCACGGAAAGGGGGGAAUUAUGGGAAUAGGUCGAGGUCUCCGCCGGGAGAGCAGAUGCGGAAAAUGAUGAAUUAUGGAAAUAGGUCGAGGUCUCCGCCAGUUGAUCAGGCUAGGAAGAUGCCAAGCUAUGGAAAUAGGUCGAGGUCCCCGCAGGUUGAUCAGAUGAGGAAUAUUAUGAGCUAUGGAAGGGGGUCGAGGUCACCGCAAAUGGAGCGUAUGAGGAAAAUGCCAAAUUACAGGAAUAGGUCAAGGUCCCCGCCCGUGGAUCAGAUGAGGAAUAUGCCGAGUUAUGGGAACAGGUCUAGGUCGCCGCAAAUUGAGCAGAUGAGGAAAAUGCCAAACUACAGAUAUAGGUCGAGGUCACCAGGCGUCGAGCAUAUGAGGAAGAUGCCUAACUAUGACAACAGGUCAAGGUCACCGCCGAUCGAUCAGUCAAGGAAGAUACCAAACUAUGGAAUAAGCUCAAGGUCACCCCUGAUUGAUCAAGCGAGGAAAUUGCCAAACUACGGUGUGGAAGUACUGGGGAAGGACUUAUCACUUGCAGGAAUGCAGACGAUGCAUGUUCCCUAUGAGUUUAUGGAUGUCAGGCCUGAUGCCAAAGCUGAACUGAAAAACACAUCGAGAGUUGUGAGAGAAGGUUUUGACGGGAUGUUAGGUCGGGAAACUAUAGAGUUAGAAGAUGGAACUAAUCGAGGACUUUAUAGGAUGCCGGCAGAUAUGAGAAGGCCGUCAGAGAAUAUUGAAUCUUCUAGGGAUAUUUCAUCAACAUCAAUGAAGAUGGGAUUAGAUCGAUUUAAUGAUGAGAGAAUUCAGUAUCCCAAACCAUUACUCUCAGAGAAAUUUAUAGGUGAAAAAGGAGAAAAAAUGAGGUUUCGUAUCAGUGAUGCUCCUUGUAAUAUGCCGCCUCAGUCUAUAGAUAUUACGGGAGCCUCUCAGUUCAAGGAUUUUGGAAACUCUUCUUCAAGAAAUACAACAAUCGAUUUCCCUACGUCUCAUUGGGAUGGUCUGCCACUUACUAAGGAUUCACCUUUGACUAAAAAUGAAUAUCUCAGGGGUUCUGCUAAGCUUCCAGAACACAUGGCCAUUGGUGACUACAGAGGAAGGCGUGUUUUAGACUCUGGAAGAGGCCCUGAAGGAGAACACAAGGAAUUGUCUAUUAACAAGAAAGAGCUUUUUAGUCCGUCGAGGGGUGAUCAUAGCGAGUAUCUGUAUGAUAGGACAAGUUUAGGAGACAUUGAUGUUUUCGACAGCGGAAGAGAUCCUAAAACAGGAACUGACGCAUUUAGUACAAGUAGGACUAUUCCUCCGAGUUAUUUAUAUCCUAGACGAGGGAUAGAGGGGACUAAUGAUCAUCCAUCUUUUGAGAUGUAUGGCAGGUCUGAUCGAAUAGACUAUGAUUCAAGACUAAACAUGCUGGAUUCUGUGACACAGCUUCAUGAUGCUACUGAAUACUCUCGCAGAAAAAUAACCAAUAACAGUUUACUGGAGUAUCCUUCUCCGCAAAAGCUUUCAAAGGGAAACCAUAUUGGUAUGAACAAAUCGUCAAUUUCAUCACAAAAGUACAUGGACAGUGUAAUUGCUCAAAAGAGAAAAGUGGCUAGAGAAGAGGAAAUACUGUAUUAUGAUGAUAUGAAUGACCAUGAUAGACUGUUGCCUAUGUCAUCAAAUUAUCAUCAUUCAAGAGAUGCAGACACAGUAUAUUACAAGGAAAGGAUGAAGUCUCCAGGGUUUCAUUCCGAAACAGAUCUUCAUAGGCAUCCUGAGGAAAGAAUAAGGUCACUGGAUUAUCAUCAUGAUAGAGAAAUGAACAGACAUGUUAGAAUACUGAGAAAUGAAGGCGAGGACGAUCACACAUUUGACCAACCACACAGGUUCAUUAAAAGAAGGCAUGAUACCAUGGAUGAGGAAAUUUCUUGGUCUGAUUAUGAAGAAAUACCAAGAAACUGGAAUAGCUCCAGUAGAAGGCAAUAUCAGGAUGAUAGAGAUGAAGAAUGGACUCGUCAACACACAAGGAGUUCACACUCAUCUAAAAGAGUCGCCUAUGAUCGUGACAUUGACAGGUCUCAAAGAUUCUCCGACAGGACAGAUACACGUCGAUUCUCUAAAUAUGACGAUCGAUCUUUAUCUCACGAACGAGAAGAACAUAUGUUGGAGCGUUCUAUUAAAGGACAGAGACCUAAUGAUAAAUAUUAUAAAGGUUACAUGAAACCUGGCUCUGUUAGCCAUUAUGAUUCGUACCAGUAUAGUAGGAAAAAUAUGUUUCCAAAAUCGCAACAUGUUUGGAUGAGAAGUAAAGAUGGGAAUAAAGUGGAUGUGCAGUAUGAAGAUUCCCAUUCAGAAAAUCGGGAGACUUUUACAAGGUCUGAACCAAGCGAGGAUACCGAGGAAUUUAAGCAACUGGUAAUUAACUAUUAUUUAUCUUUUACUAAAAAAUUGAAUGAUAACUUUGCUGUUCGGAGAAGAUACAAGGAGCAAGGAAGAGCUGGUAGCUUGUUUUGCCUUGUCUGUGGUAGAAGCGAAUCAAAAGAGUUCACAGACACUCGACGUUUAGCAACCCAUGCCUUUAUGUCACACAAAGUUGGGUUGAGAACACAACACUUGGGUCUUCACAAGGCAAUAUGCGUUCUGUUGGGGUGGAAGAGUGAGGUUGCCCCUAAUGUUGUUACCUGGUCUCCGGAGGCAAUUUCAAGUGCUGAAACAUUGGCUCAGAAAGAGGAUCUGAUCAUUUGGCCUCCUGUAGUCGUUAUUCAUGACAGCUCCACCUCAGAUCAUGACACAACCAUUGAAGCCCUCGAGAGUUUUAUCAAAGGCAAAGGGGUCAGCAGUGGAAAAGUCAAGAUUGCGAAGCGUAAUGUAAUAGUGGUGAAGUUUUUGAGCACAUCUUCUGGUGUACAAGAUGCAGAAAAGCUUCACAAGUACUUUGUGGAGAACAAGCGAGGAAGAGUAGAUUUUGAGAAAUUAACUUCCAGCAGGCAUAAAAUUAACAAGGUUGCUGGUAAGAGGCCUGAGGAUGAACUGGACGAGACAGAGUUAUAUGGAUAUAUGGGGAUUGCAGAAGACUUGGAUCAGGUUGAUUUCGAUACAAAAAAGAAGUGUUCAAUCAGGAGCAAGAAAGAGAUUCAGGAUAUCGUGGAUGCCCCCGUCAAACCUGAAUAACAGUAUGAUAGAUGACCAGAUUAUGCUAGAACAUAAAUAUAGCAAAGAAUAAUGGGGUUAAGAUGAAUUAUCUCCUUUAUUUUUUGUUUUCGUGCCAAGUCCCUUAGAAUUGAGACGGGCAACGAUGCAAUUACUUUUUUUCCAUGGUGAUUGUAAUAAUUUUCUUAAUUACCAGUCCUGAACUAUGGAAUUAACUGCUAAUUUGAUGAGCAACUUGGAUCAAGAAAUGCUUAGGCAUUCUAAUUAUUUUA